CCUUUCUACAGACCAGCAGCGUUCCGCUUCUCUGGGGCUAGUCUUGCUUAGCCAUGCUUUUGCUAUUCUUUACUGCGCUUGCCUGUGCUUUUUUUGGUUAUACUGUAGUGAUUAGCUACGGUGUAGAGAUAACAAGCUCGGGUCUGUCCUGUUAAACUCAUAGUAAAACCAGGAAUGGAUCAAACUCUGCAAUGGGAGUCUUAUUCCCAGAGUCGUUGUCUGCUGUUUUCUAACAAUGUGAAACCAAGUCAUACAUCAUCAUAUGUGUCUGAAUAGUACACAGAUCCUGGCUGCUGAGUGAUAUUCAGCAGUUAAAAUACUGAGUUCAGGUCUGGCUGGUAAGUUUCCCAGAGCUGCGUUGUCCUCCGAUCCUGUAGCUCUGAGGUGCCUGCAUGGCGGGUCUGCAGAGUGAAAAGGAGCGGACACUGACUGCACACGUUUCGGAGGACAGCGUGUGUCCGUCUUCGCCGCUCUCGAGUCAGGGAACCUGUCCUGUACCCUCGUUGAAGGCUGUCAGGGACCCCAGGCUGGAGAGUGGACGUCCUCUCCUUACAAGCUCGCGGUCUCCGUCGUCUACCUGGAGGACAGAAAAGGGCCUGGCCUGCAGAUCAACUUCUCCCUGGCGCCAGACGCUAACCUCCUGUAUGUGAACAAGACAGUGAUUGAGAUCUCCAUGGCAGACAGGAGACACUGCAUGACGCUGCAGUACACAGGGAGCUUCACUGCACAGGUCAACCACAGGGGGGAGCCGUGGAGUUUCUCCUACAUCGCCUGCAUGACAGUGAAGCCUGGACAGAGCCUGUCCAUCAGUCUGUACAACAUGCCCUACGGGUACCAGUCCCUCACCCGCACCCUGCAGCUGCCCGACUGUGAAAACCCUCUGAUGAAGGAAUAUGCUGGGGAGUUGUGCCCCGCUAUCCUGAUCCACAGCAGGCUGAGCCAGGGGGUGCUCAACGUCAGCUACUCCAGCUCGCUGGCUGACCCCUCCUACCUCGUCUGGCUGUGUGUCUGGAACGCACACUUCUGCAGCAGCGAGGACGCCAGCCCUGUCGCCGCUCCGGUCGAGGUCGCUGGGCGAGAGAACAGCGUUAUCUUCCACAAUGUUACAGCCCUGCCCUGCCUGUGCGUUCGGGUCAUCUCCAAGAUGUCCGGUCCACACCAUGAGGGUCAGGACUGCCCCUUCAGGGCCCAUUUCCACCUGGAUGUGAAGGUACAGCCUGGACCACGCUCUCUGCUCCUGCAGCUCUCCGGGUUCCCCAGGCCCUGCUCCCUUCUGCUCCAGACUCUACUGCUCCACACGGACCGGAGCUCGGGACUGCUCAUCAACCUCACCCAGCCACAGAACAUACUGGUAUCUGGUCCCCAUUCUCAGGAGUUCCCCCUGCCUCCCUCUCUGCUGUACAGCUGGCCUGUCUGCAUUAAGGUUUGGUCGGAGAAUAUCUACACAGUGCCUGAGAGAAUUCACUGCACCAGCCCCGUGGUGGCAGGCUGGACUGGUUCCAGGUGGUUUGGAGUUCUGCCCCUCUCCUUGGUGCUGGUUACCGUCGCAGUGUGCCUGCUUCUGCACUGGAAGUACAAGCGAAAGUCCAGACUGUGCUGGGAGCUCCAGAGAGAGAACAUGCAUCUCCAGCAGCAUGUCCCCUCAGUGCGUGUGCUGCUGCUCUGCUCCUGGGAUCACCCCUUCUUCCAGGCUGUGGUGGAGUCCCUGGCCCUCUUCCUGCGCGAGGAGUGUCGCUGUCACAUGGCCCUGGAUAUGUGGGACCGCCGUGGCAUAGCGAAGCUGGGCCCCGUGGCGUGGCUGAGCGAGCAGCUGGCCGUGGCUGACAGGGUGGUUCUUGUGUGGUCCAGAGGAGCCUCCCUGAAGUGGGAGGCGUGGAGAUCGGGGCUGGAGGGGGGACCCGGCUUGAUGGAGCCCGAGUUUGGGGACCUGUUCACCCCGGGACUGCUCCACUCUGUCGACAGCUACCUGCGGAGCGGCGAGGACAGGGUCUCUGUGGUGUGCUUCGACUCGGACAGCUCUCGUUCCGGGAUACCCAGCUGCUUCAGGGACGAGCAUGUUCACAGCCUGAUGUCUGGCGCCGGGAAGUUUGUACAGAAGCUAAGCCACAUCAAGGUGGAUUUCAGGAGGACAGAGUCUGGGCAGAAGCUGCAGAGCAAGCUGAAGGAGUUCAGGGAGUAUCAGAGACACUCUCCCACGUGGUUUGAGGACUGGCACCAGGGACUGCAGGGCACAGGGCUUCCCAAAACCACACAAGACCUAAGCAAGGAGAGGCGCAACAGUGCUCUUCUACAUGGCUCUGAGUCCGAGGAAACAGCCUUGGAGGACGCUAGCUGUUCUAGCAGCACAGGCCAGGCUGAAGAGGUGGAGAUAGGGGAGAUAGCAGAGAUAGUGGAGAUAGCAGAGAUAGUGGAGAUAGCAGAGAUAGUGCUGCCACCUGGACAGAUUGAAAACCCUCCUCUGCAGAGAUACCUGUCUGUGUCCUCUGGGUACGGCAGUCUUUCUCUCCCAGAAUCCAGACUCCUUCCUCCCAAACCUGAGCCGUUUCAGGACAAGGAGCUGGGGGCCCACGUGGCUUGUUGAAGGAUCAUCAUUUAUCACAACCCAUUCUGAGGAGUUUUGUAUUUUUUUACAUUUUUAACAUUUCCCUGUAACCCUGGCCUCUUGUUACGGCCACUGAAAGACAUAUAUGUAUGUAAUGUAAAUAAUUGAAACAUUUAAUAAAGAUCUCUAUGUUUUAAAAUGACAGGUUAUG